UGACACUCCUGAAAUAUGCACAUUUUCAGAAUGUUCUGCAAGAGCACCAUUUCCGUACACCCCGGCGAGGAAAAGCAAGACCAGCGCAGACCUCCACCGCGGAGACUCUUUUGUGCUCCAGCGACGGGCCAUAUCCACGGCAGAUGGAGCGAGCGAGAAGGAGAUGGAGGAGGCGGAGGCGGAGGAGGAGGAGGAGGAGCUGGGGCCAGACGCCGCCGCCACCGAGCCCCCGGCUGCUCCCUGCGCUCUCCGCGGCGGCGGGAGGGGGAGGGGCCGCCGCCGCCGCCGCCACCGCCGCCGCCCGCGCGCGCUCCCUCCCUCUUUCUGCCUCCCUCCGGCCCCCCCUCAGCAGCUCGCCGGCUCCCACCCGGGGCGGCGCGAGAGUCCUCCACGGGACGGCUCUCCCGAGAGCCGGGGUAGCCAGCGCCGGUACGAGGUGAGGGGGCGGCGGACGCGCGGCUCCAGCCACGCGCCGCAUAGGCUAGUCGGCGCCGCCACCCGCCAGACAGCGCGAGCCGGCACCCGCGCCCAUCCGUGCGAUCGGCAAUCCCCUGGCCCGCCUGCCUUGGUUCCCACCCCGCGCUCCGCUGGACUUUCUAAGUCUCAGGGCCGCUUUCCCCGUGACUGGAGCCGGAGGAGCAAGGCAGUGCCAAUAGAUGAGCGAGCGAGAGAACGCGGGUCGAUGGGUUCCCCCGGGCUGGGGAGUGGGGGCUGGCUUCGGCGCUUCGCCGCAGUCCGAGGUCUCGGGGCUGCCCCUGCGGGUUGUAUGAGGACGUGUUGGGUGGCGGAGAGUGGCUGCGUGAGCGAGGAGAGUGGGUGUUCGGAGGCUGGGAACUUGGGAGUUGCUCUCCCCUACCCCUCCCUUCCUCCACUUAACCCGCGCGGAGCUCGGAGUGGGUGGGCGCAGGUUAGAGCCGAGACCCCGGCCGCUGGUCGCUGUGAAUGCCUGCUGGGGAGCUGGGGCUGGACGCCCACGCUCGAGGUGCCCGCGAUGAGCCGGGCAAGGUUGAGUGCGGAGCGCUUCCAGUGUGGCGUGGAGGUGGCUCUGACAUCCCGCGGGGGACUUGAGCUGGGCCGGGAUGUUCGGCUGGAGCCACCUCGGGGGUCGGGAAGUGGGAGAGGGGUUCAUUCAGCGACCUGUGAUUUCUCUAAACAUCUUUCUCCAUCCCAAGAAGUGUGACUCCUCCUUCCCUUACUUCUCCGUAGCACUUUCUAAAUACAGUUGUAGUGACACUGGCACGUCAGACCUUCCGCCUUGUAUUUGUAAAGUGUUUGUCGACACGUCUCAUCUCCCCUACUAGAUUAUCAUUGGCCUUUACAUGCACUCUCCGGGCUAUUCAAGGAAGACCUACAAUGCACUAUGCUGUCCAAUUGACAUAGGUUAUCUCUUUUUAAUCUCUAACAACCUUGUGAUAUAAAUAUUAUUAUCCAUAUUUUAUAGAUAAGAAAACGAGACAGGUUAAAUUACCCAAAAUAGUGUAACAAAUGAAUGGUUUGAAACAAUUUUUCUUAUUCCAAAUUCAAGGCUGUUUCCUCUCUACUGCAGUGUACUCUAGCACAAUGCUUAGUGCGUAGUAGGUAAAUAUUAAAAUUUAAGAUGAAUUUCUUUGAAGGUACAUUUAGUCUUUCCCU